AUGGAAAAUUAUGAAGAAAUAGAAAAGGCCUACAAAGAAAUAGAAGAUGAAAUAAUUAGAACUGUUGAUUCUUUAUGUGGGUGCAAUUAUAUGAAGAUAAAAGAUGAAAUAAUCAUGCCACAUAUGAGUGAAAAUUUAAUUAACAAAAUAAUAUUAUUAAAUAAACACAUUAAUGAUAAUAGUGACUUAGAAGCAUUCGAAAAAAGAGUAACCAAUGAAAAAGUUAUGCAAAUAAAUGACAAAUUAAUAUAUUUAUUAUGUGAUUAUUAUAUUAAUAAAAAAGAAAUUGAUAAUUUAAUAAAUUUUACUACUAGUAAUGAAAAUUAUUUUAAUGUUUUACCUCAAGCAAAAACGGCAAAGUUAAUAAAGAAUAUUGUAGAAAAAAUAUCAAAAAAAAUUCGUAAUAUAAGCACAUUAUAUAUAAUUUUCAAGAAAUACGUGAAUUGGGCUUAUGAAAAAAAGAGAAAUUUUUUGAGAUGUCGUAUAGAAGUAAAAAUGAUUAUAUUAUAUAUAUUAAAACAAAAAUAUAAAACAGCAUUAAACUUAAUUGAAAGAUUAUUGAAAGAGGUAAAAAAAGUAGAUGAUAAAACCUUAUUAUUAGAAUUAUAUAUUGUAGAAACAAAAAUAUAUAUGUUACUGAAAAAUUCUACAAAAAUGAAAGCAUCUUUAACUUUUGCAAAAAAUAUCGCAAAUACAAUUAACACAGCAAUUUAUAUAAAUAGUGAAAUAGACUUAUUAUCAGGUAUAUUAUUUAUAUACGAAAAGGAUUACAAAAGUGCGUUUAUAUAUUUAUAUGAAUGUUAUGAAACCUUAUAUACAUAUAUAUAUAAUAGUCAUAAUAAUACACUUGAUUUUUUGAGUAAAAAGAAUAAUGAUUUUUAUUCAGUUAUUAUUCAUAAUAUUAUUAAUACAAGUACUAUAUCAUCUCAAAAUAAAACAAAAAGUAUAAGCCAAAUUAGUCCCUUUUUAUUAUCUUUUUAUACAUUUUAUGAAUAUUAUGAUAGUAGUAAUAGUGUUUUAAAUUUAGAUGAAAUGAAUAUAUGUUCCAAUAAUGUCAAUUUAAUAUAUAGUGAUAUGAUAUGUAAAAUUAGUUCAAGCUAUCAAGAGUUAGAUGAAGAAAAAAUUUAUUGUAUUACUAAUCCAAUUGAAUUAAAUUAUGAAUUAAUACAAAGUUUAACAAUAGAUAGUUAUGGUAAUUUAUUGGAAUCUAAAUCAGGUAAUAAUCAAAAUCCUGUUUUUAUUUUUCCUGAUAAUAAUAAUAUUAGUGGUAAUUUUGGUUUAAAUUUAAAUAUAGAAAAUUUGAAAAUUGUUGUUCCUUUAAAAUAUAUGUUAUUAUGUAAGAUUCUGGAAGAAAAUAACAGAAAAGAAAUAAAUAAUAUUCUAUGUGAAAAUAACAAAUUAAAUUACAUACCUAACAAAGAAAUUCAAAUAUUGUUAGAUAUAUCAAAAUGUUAUGAGAAUAGAUCGUUAGAUAUUUUUGAAAAAAUAAUUAAAACAAAUAUAUUCCUUAUAAAUGUUGACAAAGUUAUAUAUAAUUAUUUAAAAGAGUUAUAUGAGUUAUUACUUGAAAAAAAUAUUCUAAAAAUUAUAGAAGCCUAUAGCUGCAUUGAUUUAAAUUAUAUAGGACAAAAAUUAAAUUUAGAUGUUACUAAAAUUAUUUCUAAGUUGUCAGAAAUGAUAUUAGAUAAAAAAUUAAAUGCAACAUUAGAUCAAAAUAUUGGUAUUUUGAUUUUGUAUGAUGAUAUGCCUGAAACUAAGAUGUAUCAAAAUGUUUUAGAAAUAAUAAAUAAUUUAACAGAAUCAGUAGAUAUUUUAUAUCAAAAAGCACAAUUAACUAUAUAG